AUGCCGCAGGGGUCGCGCGUGUUGCCUGGUCGAGCUAUGACGGCGAGGAAAUUGCGCGGGAGAAAGGGUGGCUGGCGUGGCGGUGUGGCGGCGUGCCUUCCUCUCGUCCCAGCACACCACCAGGUGCUGCGGCGCCACUCGCUGCCACCCCGGCGUGGGUCGCUCUCCGGUUUGUGCGGCUUCUGGUGUGGCUGCCUCCUGCGCCGGAGCGCCGCGUUCCGCGCUCCGCCAGGCCAACGGCUGCCGAGGCGGUCCCUCUGA